GCUUUUUAUCACUUUAUUCUCUCUCUCUUUCUCUCUCCGCGUUCAAAGGUACUGAGUAGAGACCAUUGAAAUUUCUUCUGCUUUGCAACUUCAAAAAACAAAAAAGAAAAAUCUUUGCUUUUCUCCUUACCUCUGCACCCAUUUUGUUUCGGAUAUUCGAUUGUUAAGGUUGUUGUCCUGUAAUCGUGUUUCAUUGUUCCUCAACACUUUUCAGGGAAGAUUUCAUCUGGGGUUUUGUGGAUCAGACCCAGAUCCUGAUUUUGUCUGAUAUUUCGUGUCAAAAUUCAUUCUGAUAAAGAAGCAAAGGGCAAGGAGGGACAGAUUUAACAUAUUAAGAAGCACCAUGGAUGCUGAUAAGGGUUUUUUCCCACUAAGUCCUCUAGCUUUCCUCAACUAGAGUGUCUCAUGAUGGCUGAGAAUGAAGUCAAGUUGAAGAGAGGUUAUUGUUUCAUUGGAUGUUACUUCUGUCUGGGAUUCAGUUAGUGCACUUGUGCGGCUAGCUAUCGUGCUGUUUGAGGUUGCUGCUUUGUUUGAUUUGAAGGAGUUUCAUUAAGGAGUUUGUUUUGAAGUGCUUGUCAAAAAUCUUUUACUGAACCAAUUUGAGUUAUGAUCAAGAAUAUAUUAAACAAGCUGCCUCGGAAGCCAUCCAAAUCAGUGGAAAAUCAUGAAGGAGGGGGAGCAUCAACGUCUUCUACUGCUUCAACAAGUGCAAGAAGCAGCGACUUAGCAGGCUACGGUUAUGGAAAUUCAACUGCUGAUCCUAAUUUGAGCCUUGGACUGAAUCAUGGUAACAAUCUUGCCCAAGCUGUGAAUUCAAAACUGAAUCUGAAUGGGAGUUUGUCAGUUUCCUCCUAUGAAGCCUUGCCAAGUUUUCGAGAUGUUCCGAAUUCAGAGAAACAUAAUUUGUUUAUAAAGAAGCUGCAAAUGUGCUGUGUCGUAUUUGACUACACUGACCCUACAAAGAACAUCAAGGAAAAGGAGAAUAAGCGAAAAACACUACUCGAACUUGUGGAUUAUGUUUCUUCAGCUAAUGGCAAGUUUACAGAACUAAUGAUGCAAGAACUCAUCAAAAUGGUGUCUUUGAAUUUGUUCCGGACAUGGUCUUCUCCACCUCGCGAGAACAAAAUUCUAGAAGCCUUUGACUUGGAUGAGGAAGAGCCUUCAAUGGACCCAGCAUGGCCUUCCUUGCAAGUUGUAUAUGACCUUCUUCUUAGGUUUGUCACAUCACCCGAGACUGAUGCAAAGUUAGCAAAAAGGUAUAUUGAUCAUUCAUUUGUUCUUAGACUGUUAGAUCUUUUUGAUUCAGAGGAUCCCCGGGAGCGUGAUUACUUGAAGACAGUUCUUCAUCGUAUAUACGGAAAAUUCAUGGUGCAUCGACCAUUCAUCAGAAAAGCAAUCAACAAUAUAUUCUACCGUUUCAUUUUUGAAACUGAGAAACACAAUGGGAUUGCAGAGCUCUUGGAAAUUUUGGGGAGUAUAAUUAAUGGAUUCGCUUUGCCACUGAAAGAAGAGCACAAACUGUUUCUUGUCCGAGCUCUUAUUCCUCUUCACAAACCAAAAUGCAUACCAAUGUACCACCAGCAGUUAUCUUACUGCAUCCAACAGUUUGUGGAAAAAGACUGCAAACUUGCUGAUACUGUCUUAAGGGGAUUAUUAAAAUACUGGCCCAUUACAAAUAGUUCAAAGGAGGUCAUGUUCUUAGGGGAGCUGGAGGAAGUCUUGGAAGCAACUCAACCUGCAGAGUUCCAACGAUGUAUGGUACAGUUGUUCUGUCAAAUAAGUCGUUGCUUGAGCAGUUCACAUUUCCAGGUAGCAGAGAGAGCUUUGUUUUUAUGGAAUAAUGAUCAUAUUGAGAACUUGAUUAAGCAGAACCAUAAAAUUAUACUUCCCAUUGUCUUACCUGCUUUGGAGCGAAAUGCACGAGACCAUUGGAACCAGGCUGUCCGGAGCUUGACAAUAAAUGUGUGCAAGAUCUUCUCUGACACUGAUCCUGAAUUCUACGAAAAGUGCAAGGUGAAAUUUCAGGAAGAUGAAGCUCAAGAGAAGGAUUUAAAGUCAAUGCGCGAAGCCAGAUGGAAGCGCUUGGAAGAAAUGGGAGGCAUGAAAGCUGCAACAAAUGAACCAGUUCUGGUUUCUCCCAGAACAGCCUCCCAUGGAGCUUCUGGUAAGCAAAGUAGAGCUCAGUUGGAAUGAUCCUUAAUGUUUGGCAUUUCAAGGUCUAAAAGCAUGAGAAUACAAGGAGUUAUCAUGGUUGCUUUUUGCUGCUUCCCUUUGCCACUUGAUAAACUCUAGAAGCCAAAUAUGGGGGUACAGAAUAUCUCCAACUUGGUUUUACAGGCAUGGAAUGUAUAUAUUGAAUUGCAUGGACAAAAAUGGAUGUCUCAAACCGCAGUUAAUUUGAUGAAAGCAUGCUGCAUUUUUUGCUGAUAGUUAGUGUUAAUCUUGGUUUUCUUGUGUAGGUGAGUUGCUUGUUUAAGGAAAUUGGGUUAUUGGAGCUUAUCUUGUAAUGAAUUGUGGUCAAUGUUCUGUCUUUGUUUUAUAUAUUUUGUUAGCAAAUUAUUUAGUA